UUUUAUUUGUCACUGGUGGAACUCUGAACACAGGCAGCCUCCUUUCCAGUGCUGCAUGCUGUGAAAUGCUGUAGCUGACCAACCAGUUUUAGCUCUUUAUGAGUUUUUUAUAGCAAAAAAACUGUAUCCAAUUUAAACAGUGCUCAGUGUUACAAAAGCAUUUGGAAUUGUGAGAUUUUGUUUAUUAGCACAGAAAUAGAGAGAUUCCAUCAGUCUGACCCCACCUCCAAGCAAGGUGAAUAGCCAUGUUUUGUUUGUAUAAAUAAAACUUUAGUGAUUGCACACUGGGGUAUAUCCAAUGCUUCUGUGCUCUGUGUAUGAUUCAUGGGGCAAAUUAUCAUUUAUUGUCACACUUCCUCACAUUUCUUUCACAAUACAUUGCUGCCAAGCAACACUGUCCUUUAUUCUUAAUCUCCCCUGCCACAUGAUUUCUGGUCAUGCCCAGAUCUCUGCUCUCUGUCUUAAACUCCUAAGCUGGCACAAUUUUCUGAGAGGGAUGAAGAAUGGGGUGGUGAAAGCAGGCAGGUGUUUCACCAGGCAGAUUUGCAAAAGGGAGUUUCUGCAAUAAUUGCUGGAGCAGUUCUGGAAGAUGCCAGCCUCGAUGCCAGAGGCAGACAGGCGGCACAGAGCCUCAGCAGCAUUUUCUCUGAGUUUCCUCUCUUUAGUCUUCUCUAUCACAGCAUUCAGCAGCAGUUACUGGUGUGAAGGGACGAGGAAAGUGGCCAAACCCUUCUGCAAGGGGGACAGCAAAGGGGAUCUCUGCAUCCGCUUCAACAGCGCCGACGGCAACAGCAGCCAGGCUGUGCAGUACAUCUGGGAGACUGGAGAUGACAAGUUCGUGGAGAAGAAGUUUCAUGCUGGGAUCUGGUAUUCCUGUGAAGAAAUGAUAAAUGAAGAAGGUGAGAAAUGUCGAAGCUUUAUCAGUCUGACUCCAGCUUCUGAUCGAGGGGUUUUAUGGCUCUCUAUUGUAGCAGAGCUGCUCUACGUCGUGCUGCUCCUGACUGGGAAUAUUCUGAUGUCAGUGGAAAUCUGCUACUACAGCUCUGGCAUUGAUGGGCUGAAGAUCAACGCCUUCUCUGCAGUGGUCACUGUGUUAGCAGGUCUUCUGGGCAUGGUUGCUCACAUGAUGUACACAACUGUAUUUCAGAUGACUGUAAAUCUUGGUCCUGAAGACUGGAGACCUCACACUUGGGAUUAUGGAUGGUCCUAUGGCCUUGCAUGGACUUCCUUCGCUUGCUGCAUGGCUGCAGCUGUCACCACUAUUAAUAAAUACACAAAAACCAUCUUGGAAUUCAAGCACAAAAGAAAAAAGCUGGAAAGGAGCUUUAGGAUUCAGUACAAGUUUCCUGAGCACACAGCUCCAGAGAAAGUUUGCAAUGUUUAUGUGAACUCUUUCCAAAACCCCACAGAUGACCCCGCACACGCGUUACGGAGCCUGCGGCACCUGGCCACCAUCUCAGUCCUGUAAAGCUGAACCAGAUCUCACAGCAUCCUGUAAAUUAUAAUACUAGAUCCAAAUGAAACGGUGUUCAUGAAGAAAAUGUAUCAAUGUGUAGUAUUAUUUAUUUUUCUUAAUAAAAAAUAUUUAUUUCGGUGGUUGUUUCAAGGAAGUCUUGGUGUUGGAAAAGAAGAUUCAGGUGUCUCAGCUCAGUUUACAACAGUGACACAAGUUCCCCACAGCUGUAGUUUUAAAGCAGUGUCUAAAGGCCAGAGAGAGUGAGUUUGUUAGAAUUUUAGAACAUCACUCCACCCUGAUUCUUUAUUUAAAAUACUAAAAAAUCCCAUCCUGAAACUAAAACCCAUGAAAAGCAGGGCAGUAAAUCAGGCAUGUGGUGCAUGGCUUGAAUAAUUUUUUGUUAUGAAAGGCACAAUCUCUCCAAGAAAAUCUGUGAACCUCAGUUUAUGGUUUGAGAGUACACAUGGUGGAUUUGCUGUGAAAGGAAGGCUGAUAGAGAGAACAGACUUUCAUUGUAAACACUUACCUAAAAUGAGAAGGCAAACUGAAAUCUGGAAGAUUCAUGAGAAAGCAAACUGAAAUCUGAAAAUACAUGGUUGUGGACAGACACAACUCACCUACAGAAUUCUCCACGAAUCAUUCUGGCAACAGAGUCAGAAAGAAUCAAAUUUUGAUUUAUACAUUUACACAUGAAGAAUCUAUAAUCACAUUAAAGAUGUGGAGGUGGAAAUGACUGCAAUCAUCAGAGAUGAGGAACACGGAGCUUCCUCAUGGAACAGAGCCAUGUGCCAGCUUUUAUUCAUUGUAGGUGAAUCCUGUUUUUACUGAGCCCCUUGGGAAACUCUUGUGAGCUCUGGGUGGCAGAGGUUUUACACUCUGAGCCUCCUGAGCAGCUCUGGGCUCUGGGAAAACCCUUCUGUCUCUUUAUUCAGGCAAUAAAUAGAGUUUGAGCUUGUUAUGGCAGCAGGAUGUGUAACAGGUCAGGUAAUGGCCAGUGAUAAGGUGGAGCUGAUAACAGAGAAGCAUCAUUAAGUCAGAAGAAAACCAUUAGUGGUAAGAGAGGAGAGGUUUUGUGUGUGUUUAAUACAUUCAAGAAAUGAGAUUUCUUGACCUUGUUGACAGCAGGUCCCAAAGCUUCACUGCUGCAACUGUAGAAGAAUUAUUUCUUAAUAUCAAAUCAGAAUGUCCUGUGUUCCAGUUCAUGUCCAUUAACUUUUUUCCUUCUACUGUGCAUAUUUGAGAAGGAUCUGGCUCCACGUUCCCCACACCAUCCUACUAGGUGGCUGCAAUAGCAAUAAGAUUUCCUCUUUAAUCUUUAGAAAAGUCUUUCUUUAUCCUUUACAGUGCUCUGAAACUGCCACCUUCAGUUCAGCAGGGGAACAAAGCAGUCAAUAGAAAGUUUGGUGCCCACUCUGUUAGGAGCAGUCUCAAUCCCUUGACCAAAACACAAGAUCCUGAUUCCUUCCCCUUGUUUCACACAUUUCUUUGUGAUGGAUAUGUUUCCAGCACCUUCACUGAUAGAGGAAUUAUUCCUGAUUCCAUCUGACUUUCUGCUUUUUGUCAACCCUAACUCUUUUUGCAAUAGAUUUUUACCCAUCUCAUGUUAUUCCUGGGUGUCAUGGAGGAAUUUACACCUCAUGCAGUAACAUACUUGUUUGAUGCCUACAAAUCCUUUGAAAAAUCCAAUUUAAAUAACUGCCUCAUUUUUUAUUUAUUCAUUUUCUUAGCCUGCAGGUUACUAACACAGCCUGACAGUCUCUGCCAUAUGCUGUUUCCUCAGGAUUGUUUCUUACACUGGUUUGUGUGCAUAUAAAGUGCUGUAGGUGGGCAAGAGCCUUUCAGAUAAUUGUGCAGCAAGAAUUUGUCCAGAUCCAUUCUUAAAUCUCAAGCUGUCUGCUUUUUUUCAUGCUAACCAUUCAAGAAGCUGUAUGUCUUCUGCUGGAUAUCUGGUAAAUAAAUUCACCUGAUGAAAUGCAAGAUUUUUUAUCCCUAUUUGUAAGCCACUAAUUCAUAUUCUGGCCUUUAUUUUAACUUUGAGACUCAGUAAGCCCUGGAACCACAUUAUUUGAAAGCAGAGGAAUAACAGCAGCAUUUUUACUCUGAUUCAUUAGAUCUAAUCAAUUUGAUGAAUGUGGCAUCUCAGUAAAUUUCAGUGGCACAAGGACACAGAUCUAAAGUAGUCCUGGUUACCACUGGAAGUUAAUGAGAGAAAUAGGAAACCUCUGGGGUGCAACUCCUGUUAUCCUCAACUCAUCUGAAUAUUUCUUUUUCUCAUGAUAAUAUUCUUUAUGUGCAACACAAAUCCACAGGUGAGACAGUGAAACAGAGAUCUACAAAUUAAAUAGAAAACUUCAGAUUAAAUAAUAUUUUUUCCCCAGAGGGAAAAAAAAAAUAUUAAAUCUGAAAUGCCAGUGGAGGAACCUCAUCUUCAAGAUGAGAAAAAGCCACAGAAUUAGAGAAAAGUGUGACCCAUUUAAAAGGUCAUCUAAUCCUUCUUUUCUUCUAGGCAGGAUAAACUAAAGCUACAUUGCUUUUUUACAGAUGUUCCAUUAAUCUCUUCUUUAAAGCUUCCGAAGACAGGCAUUUGAAAAUUUCUGUGGCAAUUUGUCCUUUGUGCUUAACUAUUCUUAGCAGAAAAUGCUGUCCCUGUAAAUCUCCUUUGCAGUAAUUUUAGCACAUUGUCCUGCUCCAGCAGAAAUGGAGAACGGUUCAGUCCUACCUUCUCUGCAGUACAUGUUAGGAAUUUGAAAAUCAUUAAGAUACGACAUUCUUCUACUUUCUAGAUAAAAAUACAU